AAUACAAUAUAUUUGUAUAUCAUACGUUGACAAAUUACCAUCAUCAUUCAUCAUUGAGAAUUGAGAUAGCUAUCAAUAUGGGAAUACACAACAAUCCUAAAGGAACAAAAGAAAUUGUUAUAGAUGAAUGUCCAUUGCUAAAAGAUGAGAAAAUUGAAGUUGAAAUUGAACAUGGUGAUGAUGGAUCUAAUAGUAACAAGAAUAAUGAAUCAGCAGCAUCAUUUGCUGGUUCUGUGUUCAAUCUAUCAACAACUAUUAUUGGUGCUGGAAUCAUGGCUUUACCUGCAGCCAUGAAAGUUUUGGGACUAACAAUUGGUAUUGCUUCAAUCAUAUUCCUUGCUUUGCUUACUCAUACCUCUUUGGAUAUUCUCAUGAGGUUUAGUAGAGUUGCUAAGGCUCAAUCUUAUGGUGAUGUCAUGGGAUAUGCUUUUGGAAGUCUUGGUAGAUUGCUUUUUCAGAUUUCUGUUCUUUUUAACAACUUUGGUAUUCUUGUUGUUUACAUCAUCAUCAUUGGUGAUGUACUGUCUGGAACAACAUCAUCUGGAAGUCAUCACUUCGGUGUACUUGAAGGAUGGUUUGGCGAACACUGGUCGACUGGGCGUACUUUUGUUCUUCUUAUUACAACCCUUGUGGUAUUUGCUCCAUUAGGAUUCUUUAAGAGGAUAGAUUCAUUAAAAUAUACUUCUGGUUUAGCAGUGGCUCUGGCAAUUGUUUUUCUUGUCAUAACUGCAGGAAUCACAUUUGUGAAAUUGUUCAAUGGAAGUAUAGACAGUCCUAGGUUGCUUCCUAAUAUUACUGAUAUGACAUCUAUUUGGAAUCUCUUUACAGCAGUUCCAGUUCUUGUGACAGCAUUUGUUUGUCAUUAUAAUGUGCAUACAAUAGACAAUGAACUUGGAGACUCUUCACCAAUACAACCAGUUAUAAGUGCAUCAUUGGUUCUAUGUUCUAGUAUAUACAUUCUUACAGCUCUAUUUGGGUUCCUACUAUUUGGCGAGUCAACUCUUGAUGAUGUGCUAGCCAACUUUGAUACUGAUCUUGGCAUCCCUUAUAGCAAUAUUCUCAACGACGUCGUUCGUAUCAGCUACGCCCUCCAUCUCAUGCUUGUUUUCCCGGUUAUCUUCUUUUCGCUUCGCUUCAAUUUGGAUGAUCUUGUGUUUCCCUCGGCCAGCUCUUUGGAAUUAGAUAAUUGGAGGUUUUCCUCGAUCACCACUGGACUCAUAUUUUUGCUCUAUGUGGCUGCAAAUUUUGUACCUAGCAUUUGGGAUGUUUUUCAAUUCACUGGUGCAACUGCCACUGUUUGUCUUGGUUUUAUCUUCCCUGCUGCAAUUGCUCUAAGGGAUCCACAUAGCAUUGCAACUAAGAAGGACAAGAUUUUAUCCAUUGUCAUGAUUAUUCUUGCUGUCUUCUCAAACAUUGUGGCUAUAUACAGUAAUGCUGAUGCUUUGUUCAGAAAACACCAAAGUAAAUCAAACUGAAACUCUUUUCUUGGCCUCUGAAGAUCAAAGUUUACUAAUGAAUGUGAACAUGUUUUUUGAGAUUGUUUGAAGAACUUUUGAGAGAUAUCUUUAAAAGGCUCAUAUACCAAAAGGGUUGUGGAAGGAAAAAUGUUAGUACAAUUGAAGGACUAUAUAUAUGAUAUGUAGACAUUUAUAUUGUACAUGAAAUACUAAUUUUUUUCAAAACACUUAUCAGGUGGUAAGAGUAUUAAUGAAUGGGAUUGGAUUAAUUUUGUUGAGAAA